GAAGAUAAAUUCUUACAAACUACUCGCCGCAGCACCUUUAGCACUGCGACUCCAGCGUGACCAUUCGAGACAGUGCAUGAACUAAGCCGGCGUGGAUAUUGGUUAUUUAUGUGGUCAUUCAGUUGAGUUUCCUUUCCGUUCAUACUGAGAGAAUACUAUUGGGAUUUCUCAUGAGGGGAUCCACCCUUCUUUUCUUGGCGAUAUUCUUCGUCGUCACAGUCACCGCGGCGAACGCCAGAAAACUCGGUCGGCAUCACAGGCACCGGCACCAGCAGGUCAGGCCUGGACGACAGCGGCGGCAGUACCACUUCCCUCAGAACAUCUCCUUGGGUCUUGAACCGAUCCAGGGGGAAUCCGGGCCAUGGAGUGAUUGGACAUUGGCCAGCGAGUGCUCCAGGUCUUGUGGAGGUGGAGUCUCCUUUCAGGCCAGGACUUGCGAUGACGUCAAGGCGGAUGGUACGCACAGUUGCGUCGGCCCGUCGAAGAGGUACUUCUCCUGCAACAUCGAGGAAUGUCCCUUUGAUGCAAAGGACUUCAGAGAAGAGCAAUGUGCCCGGUUCAACAGCGUUGCCUUUGGCGGUAAACAUUACAGCUGGGUGCCAUAUUAUAAAGUCGAGGAGACAUGCAAGCUCUACUGCAAGCCUCGACAGGAGAGGUUCUUCUACCAACAUUCCGAAAGAGCGAUUGACGGCACACGUUGCUACGACGAUGGUAGUCUCGAUGUGUGCGUUGAAGGGGCGUGUAUGCCUGUGGGAUGCGACCACAUGCUGGGCUCAGAUGCAAAGGAAGACAAGUGCCGCAAGUGUCGUGGAGACGGCUCAUCUUGCGAAACCAUAGAAGGCGUCUUUACAGACGAAAAUUUGCAAGUAGGUUACCACGACAUUCUGCUCAUUCCUGUUGGCGCGACAAAUAUCAGGAUAGAAGAAAAAGUGCCUACGCACAAUUAUCUCGCCGUGAGAAACUCGAGCGGCCAUUACUACCUCAAUGGGAACUGGAGAAUAGAGUACCCCCGCAAUCUGAAAUUCGCUGGAACCGUCUUCCAGUACGACAGGGACACUCACGGGAUCAACACUCCGGAGACGUUGGCCGCCCUCGGCCCCACGACCGAACCACUUCUCAUUGUGUUACUCUUUCAAGAGAAAAACCAGGGAAUUGUUUACGAGUACUCCAUACCCACUGGCGAUAAAACACAGCUACCCGGGAACUACACGUGGAACAUAGGAGAUUUUGCGGCAUGUUCCCGAACUUGUGGUGGAGGUGUACGGACCCGCGUUGCGUACUGCGAAAGUCAGCAGACCUUUGAGGUUGUCUCAGACGAGCUUUGUGAUCCGAAACAGAAGCCGGAAACAACAGAGCCGUGCAAUAAUGUGGCUUGUGCUGCUUCGUGGUAUGAGGGGCCCUGGGAGGGUUGCGACAUUCAGUGUGGAAAUGGAACACAGUACCGCUUGGUGUUCUGCCACCACGUGACGGAGAAUGGUGUCGUCUUUGCAAACGACUCCAUAUGUACGGACGAUGUCGGUCCCAAACCCGAGUUUCUACGUCCCUGCAGUGCUGAUACCGACUGUGCCAAUUGGGAAGUCGGUGAGUGGAGUGAGUGUGACCUGGACAGCGGCAUGCAGACCCGUGAAGUUAAGUGCAUUAAGUCUCUCAGCGAAGAGUCAGCAGAAGUGCGAGAGGGCUGGGGCUGUGACGAGCGUUUCAAACCUCCAGCCAAUCAGAGCUGUGCAAUGACGUGUGACAAAGCAGAAUGGAUUGUAUCCGAAUGGGCAGAUUGUGACAAGGGAUGUGGUGAAGGUAUGAAGUCCCGGGAAGUGCACUGCUCCAGACCGUCUGGUUGCGAUGAAAGCACUAAACCUGAAAAUGAGACGAGGUGUCUCGCGCAGCCGUGCAGUGGUGUCGAAUGGAUUAUGUCCGAGUGGUCAGGGUGUGAAGGCCCUUGUGGCUCCAUCAUUGAAACGAGAGAAGCCAUGUGUGUGUCUGAGGAUGGCUUAGUCUAUCCAGACGACGAGUGCGAUGCAAAUUCGAAGCCCGAGACAUCACGAAACUGUGAUUUACAAGGAGGAGGUCUACACAUCCCUUGUGAUUACAUGUGGUACGCGUCACAGUGGAGCUUGUGCUCAGUUGGAUGCGGCAAGGGCAUGAAAACACGAAACGUCUUCUGCGGGACAUGGGACGAAAACGGCCUUCGAAGCGUCACGGAGGAUAACUGCGACGCGUCGGAAAAACUGGCAGAGUCUGAAGCGUGCGACCUGGAUCCGUGCAACGGUACUUGGCUCGUAGCACCGUGGGACAGAUGUUCGACGCCCUGUGGUGGAGGAACUCGUUCGAGGGAAAUUUUCUGUUACGUCGGCGGAAAGCCGGGCCCGCAUGACCAGUGUGAAUCAGCGAGCAAGCCUUUCGACAAUGAGCCGUGCAAGAUGAGCGCGUGCGACGAAGAUGAAAUCAUGGUGCUGGGAGGAUGCAAGGACAGUGCACACGGAUGCUGUCCAGACGGGAUGACCCCAGCGGGACCGAACUUCGAAGGAUGCCCAGUUGUACCCUUGCCAGAUGGCGGAUGUGACGCCACUGAGUUUGGCUGCUGCCUUGAUGGUGUGACACCUGCCUACGGGCCAUUUAAAAAGGGCUGCCAGCAAUUUGCCUUCUGCAAUGGCACACUGUACGGAUGCUGUCCCAACAGCAAUGUAACUGCUACUGGCCCUGACAACGAAGGUUGCCCCGCUGAUGACUGUGCACAGACAGAGUUUGGUUGCUGUCCUGAUGGCAUAACUCCAGCCCAGAGCGAGAAUGACACCAGCUGCGAGCCUGGCAUCCGCGCGAAAUGCUGGGAGUCUCGAUUCGGCUGCUGUCCAGACAACACGACCGCUGCUGAUGGGCCGGGCGGACUAAAUUGCCUGGAAGGAUCUGGCGAGGUGGUUUCGUGCAUGGACUCUGAGUACGGUUGCUGUCCGGAUGGAAUAAAGGAAGCAACGGGUCCAGGUAACGAAGGCUGCUGGGACAUCGCAGGGCCCCUUACGGUCGAGUAUUGCGCGAACUCGACGUACGGAUGUUGUGCGGAUAAUGUUACAGUUGCAAUGGGACCUGGUUAUCUGGGAUGUGACGAAGACUCCAUCGAAGGCAGUGGCAUGGAACCGCCGGACUGCGAGAAUACGCUCUACGGUUGCUGUCCCGAUAGUAUCGCGGCUGCCACUGGACCAGACCUCGAAGGCUGUGUCACCAACUGCACCAACACAACGUACGGCUGUUGUGAAGAUGGCGUCACUUCAGCAACAGGGCCAGACUUUGAAGGUUGCGCCGUCAACUGCACAAAUACAACUUUUGGAUGUUGUGAGGAUGGCGUAACAGCUGCUAUGGGGCCUGAUUUUGAAGGAUGUGCUGUCAACUGCACAAACACAACUUACGGAUGCUGUGAGGAUGGAGUCACCACUGCGCUUGGACCAAACUUUGAUGGCUGUGCUGUUGAUUGUGCACUUACACAAUACGGCUGUUGUGAAGAUGCGGUGACUGCUGCUACAGGGCCAGACUUUGAAGGUUGUGCCAUCAAUUGCACAAACACAACUUACGGUUGUUGCGAAGACGGAGUCACUGCAGCAACUGGGCCAGACUUUGAAGGUUGUGCCAUCAAUUGCACAAACACAACUUACGGUUGUUGCGAAGACGGAGUCACUGCAGCAACUGGACCAGACUUUGAGGGAUGUGCCAUCAAUUGCACCAACACCACCUAUGGUUGUUGUGAAGACGGAGUAACUCCCGCAGCCGGACCUGACUUUGAAGGUUGUGCCAUCAAUUGCACAAACACAACUUACGGUUGUUGCGAAGACGGAGUCACUGCAGCAACUGGACCAGACUUCGAGGGAUGUGCCAUCAAUUGCACCAACACCACCUACGGUUGUUGUGAAGACGGAGUAACUCCUGCAGCCGGACCUGACUUUGAGGGUUGUGCGGACAACUGCACAAACACAACGUACGGCUGCUGUCCAGAUGGCCUAACUGUGGCAACAGGACCUGACUUUGACGGAUGUGCCAACUGCACCAACACAACAUACGGAUGUUGCCCAGAUGGUCAACAAGCAGCCACUGGAGAGAACUUUGAAGGUUGUGUGCCAAAGUGUGAGUCGUCUGAAUUUGGCUGCUGCCACGAUGGCAUGACGCCAGCUAUGGGCCCGGGUUUUGAAGGUUGCGAGAACUGCACUGUUUCACUCUAUGGAUGCUGUUCAGACAAUGUGUCAUUUGCACUUGGACCUGAAGCAGAAGGUUGCUGCCACCACACAGAGUUUGGAUGCUGCCAAGACAACAAGACGGAAGCUCUGGGUCCAGACUUUGCAGGGUGCAGUUGUCAUACCACACCUUUCGGAUGUUGUCCUGAUGAUAAGACAGUUGCCAUCGGCCCCAGGUAUUCUGGAUGCACUUGCGAGCACUACCCCUAUGGAUGUUGUCCCGACAAGUAUACGCCCGCAGCAGGCCCUGACCUGUAUGGCUGCAUCUGCUCCCGUAUGCUCUACGGGUGCUGUCCUGACAACAAGACGAUGGCUCUCGGUGAAAACUAUUAUGGCUGCCACUGCGGCACGUCCCACUUCGGCUGCUGUCCAGAUGGCCGGCAUUUUGCUCUUGGCCCCAACUACCAGGGAUGCACUUGCCAGACGAUGCCCUAUGGGUGCUGCCCAGAUAGGACUACUCCGGCACGUGGUCCAAACUUUGGCGGUUGCCCAUGUGAGGGGCUCCAAUACGGCUGUUGUCCAGAUGGAAGAACGCCAGCACAGGGACCUGGAGGCAGGGGCUGUGAUUGUGCAAGGAUGGCUUAUGGGUGUUGUCCAGAUGGCCAUACCCCUGCUCAGGGGCCCAAUAACUUGGGUUGCCCCUGCGACAGCCAACCUUACGGGUGCUGUCAGGACGGACGCACCCCUGCUCGAGGUCCCAACCAAGAAGGCUGUACAUGUGCUACCACUCGAUUCGGCUGCUGCCCAGACGGCCGCACUGCGGCCAGGGGUCCCAACUUCGAUGGGUGUCGUGAUGCUCCAACUGUCAUUCCUAGUCUUCCCCCUAGCAGAAGAGGAAGUGUGUGCAGCCACCCACAAGAUCUGGGACCAUGCAGGAACUACACUGUCAAAUGGUUUUACAACACAAAAGAUGGUCGCUGUAACAGGUUCUGGUAUGGUGGCUGUGAAGGCAAUGAAAACCGGUUCGAGUCACAGGAGGAAUGUGAGGACAGCUGCACAAAACCCGAAGGUCCAGACGCAUGCUGGCUGCCCAAGGUUGUUGGAUCGUGUGAGGGCCAGUACGAGCACUGGUAUUUCAACACUGAAACUGGGUCCUGCGAGUCGUUCAUGUACGGCGGUUGCCUUGGAAACAAUAAUCGCUUUACAACUAAGCAGCUUUGCGAACAGACGUGUAUUCAUCAGGAGGAUUUGAAUCCAUGCGAACUUCCUGUCGUUGCUGGUCCGUGCCGUGGCUCUUUCCCACGCUACUUUUAUGAUCGAUACGAGAACCGUUGCAAACCUUUCAUCUUUGGGGGCUGCCAAGGAAAUGCGAACAACUUUGCAGCGGACCACGAAUGUUCUGAGCGCUGCGUAACUCUGCCCGCACAUGAGAUUUGCAGCAUGGCAAAGGAAGAAGGUACAUGUCUGGCACGUGAACAAAAAUGGUAUUACGACUACGUUGACAGUCAAUGCAAGGAGUUCACCUACACUGGUUGUCAAGGCAACAGAAACAGGUUCGACACUCGUGAGCAAUGUGAACGCCAGUGUGGCUCUACCACAGUUGCUGUUACCAAGGAUGUCUGCUCACUGCCUAAGCAAGAAGGCCCCUGCAAGGCAGCCAUAUUGCAUUGGUACUUCAACAUGGGUGCUGGACGAUGUGAGCAGUUCUACUAUGGUGGUUGCGAGGGCAACGCGAAUCGCUUUGAAACCAGGCGGGACUGCGAGAGAGCGUGUGUUUCAAAAGCAGACACAAAUAUCUGCCUGCUUCCACAAGAGCCGGGCAAUUGCGUGGAAUUCCGCGAACGCUGGUACUUCCACGCAGAAGAAGGAAGGUGUAGGCGAUUCUAUUACGGAGGCUGUGAUGGCAACGAAAACAAUUUUGGCUCUCAUAUCGAAUGUGAGCAACGAUGUGGUCAUCCAGUUUCCACAGAGCAGCCUGAAGAAGAAUUCAGGACAGAGUUCUGCUUCAUGCCCAGUGAAGCAGGACCGUGCCUGAACACAGUAACCCGAUGGUUCUACGAUAAGUCUGACGGAGUGUGUCGAGAGUUCCAUUAUGGUGGAUGCCUCGGCAACGGAAACCGCUUCCGUACAAGGCGGGAGUGUGAAACCAAGUGCGGACGUGCACAGGAUCUGUGCACACUACCGAGAGUCAAGGGACCGUGUUCAGGUCACUUUACGCAGUGGUUCUAUGACAUGGAGACAGACGAGUGUCACGAAUUUGAUUACAGUGGUUGUCAGGGCAACGCUAACCGUUUCAAUGAGAAGGACGGCUGUGAAGCCCAGUGCCGCAAGGGUGCACCACGGCCCACUGAACCACCUGUCAGUGCAGUUACGCAUUUGGAUGCCUGUAGACAACCCAAACAACCUGGACCAUGUUAUGGAGUACUGGAGAUGUGGUUCUACGAUAUGCAAGACAAUGAAUGCAAACCAUUCCAAUAUGGUGGAUGCGAAGGAAAUGACAACAGGUUUGAGUCUAAGGCACUCUGUGAACAACGCUGCCACAAGGACAUGCCAGCUACUCCCAAGCCUGAGAGGCGACCUAAACCUGAUAAGCACGUCAUCACUAACAAAGAAGUGUGCAAGAGAAUGGCCGAUCCCGGAUCUUGCCAGGAAAGCCGUGCCCGCUGGUUCUACGACGCAAAGAGCGGUGUCUGCCUUCCAUUCGUGUACAGCGGAUGCGGUGGCAACAAAAACCGUUUCAAGAGCUCAGAGGUCUGCAUGAAAUUCUGCUCUGGAGUGACAAUGAGUGCCGCAGAGAAUUUGGAGCAAGAAAAAGAAAUGGAAGAAACGCUGGAAGUGCCUGAGGAGCCACACCCUGAUGAACAUGUCGACAGACUGACCACUGCAGCAGCCGUGACACAGCCAUCUGUACCCUCGUCAACAUCGCCUGCUUCCGCGUGUCCACCAUCGAACUGCGAUGAGUUAAGGUGUCCUCUUGGAAAGACUGAAAUUGUUGACCGCAGCGGAUGCACGUCGUGCCGCUGCACUAAUCCUUGCGAGACCCACAAGUGCAAGGACAAUGAGACGUGUCGCAUUGAAGCCUACCGUGGGGACGAUGGUCAGCCGCACUACAGGCCAGUUUGCAGACUGACCAUCAAGCCCGGCUUCUGUCCCGUGGCAGAAGACGAACCUCAGCCUGCAGCCGUCGUGAGAUCCGACUGCCGUGACAUGUGUCGUAUUGAUGCUGACUGCCCGGGCGACAAUAAGUGCUGCUACAACGGCUGCGCAAAUGUGUGUGUCAAGCCAGUGCUUCCAGGUGGUGGGGAAGUUACCACUACGUCUUUGCCAACGACUGUUCCUGCAACAACUGCACCAGAAAUUGUCGACUCUGAACCAGAAGUUACUGCGGACCUUGGAUCAGAUGUAACCCUGCGUUGCAACACACGAGGAUUCCCCAAACCACGGGUGACGUGGUUUUUCAAGGACAAGCCGAUUGAGAGCCGAGAUGGGCGAUUUAAGAUCCUGGUUGACGGGUCACUUCACAUUUCCGACCUGAGGGAAGAGGACUCUGGCACGUACGAAUGCGAAGCCGAUAACGGGGUUGAUGAUGUCGUAAACCACGCCACUGUUCUCAUCAUCUAUGUCCCAGCAUCUAUCAAGGCAUCGUCUCCAGCGGUUGCUGUACGCCUCUAUGAGAACGCCUACCUGCAGUGCAUUGUCGUGGGAUUCCCUCGUCCUACCGUGGGUUGGUACAGGAGUGGCAAGAGGCUGCCCACACGCAGUGCACGCUACACCGUGUUCGACGAUUUCACGCUUGGAAUUCGCAACGUAACUUUCGACGAUGAGGAUAUUUACAUGUGCCAAGCGUACAACAAGCUCGGUGCGCCCGCUGUGUGGAAGGUAGCGCUGCAGGUUCAGUCGGUUCCGGGAACGGGGCACGCUCCCGUCCGAGGUAAUGGCACUCGGCACGCAAAAAGAGAAACGCAAGAGGAAAUUUCUGAGCCCGUAUCUGCGGACGUAACCGUUGUGGGCAGCGUACACCGUGUGGGCGAACCCCUGCAACUGGACUGCCACACCAGCGGGCUUCCUGCUCCGAAGGUGUCCUGGACGCACGAAGGUAAUGAGAUGAGGUCCGACGGACAUCGCAGUUUGCUGCCCAACAACACCCUGUACAUUGCUUCCGCUGCCUCGUCGGACAGUGGCGGCUACCACUGUAAAGGAAGCAAUGGUCACAGUGAGGCAUCAGCCUCUGUUAAGGUCGCCAUAGAAGAAGUCGAGGUUCCAGCAAAUUGCAAGGACGACGUGAAACUGGCAAACUGUAUGCUCAUCGUGAGGGCACGCUACUGCACCCGUCGACAGUACGCACGCAUGUGCUGCCGGUCGUGCCUCCUUGCAGGCCAGAUCCACAAAGGAGCCAUUGACAACCUUGUCUCCUAAUGCUUCCAUUACCUCAAAGCAUCUUAGCAUUUUACACGUUUGAGAAUCAAAAUGGCGAUGUUUAGCUCAGGUCCUCACAAACUGUUCCUAGCUGUGGAACUAUUUUUCUAAAAGACGUUUCUAAGGUUCACGCAAAGUACUUAUAGCUGUCGGCACUCCACGGAAUAACGGCUGAACUUCUUUUUUUUUAUCCUCUUGGUGCCUAUUACAUACAUCGAGUUGCUUUAGAAAUCAAACCCUAGUAUUGGGCAUUAAGAAUGAUCAAGUCAAAAACAAGGGACAAUCACACACCUUCACUUAUUUCUUCAUGCCUCUUGUAAAUGGGUUUGAGUGAUAUACUACUCAUUAAUCUGCAGUAGACAUAAAGCACAAGAGGACCAAAUGGAUAGUGUGGCAUUCAGACCUAUUUUUUGACCAUCACUUUCAUUUUGCCAUGCACGAGAUAAGGUAAAAUUUGUGACACUACUUGAUACUCUCUUCGUUUUCUCCACAAGCAUUUGAAUCCUCAGCAUGUUCAUAAUUACUUCUUGUUUCAUUUGACGAGGCAUUUCAGCUAGACCAUUGUUUUAAAGUCUAUUUUUACAGGCCGACGUAAACUUUUGUAAGUUACAACACUAAGAGUGCCUUCGACAGCAGACGUAAGACGGUUUUUAUGAGACCAUCAUAAUUUGAAACUUUCCAGCAUACAUGCUUCCAUGCAUAUCAUCACCUCUGUGUACUGUGUAAGGUAUAAGCAGACACUUGUGUUUCUUUCGAGUUUUGCGUGUUUCAAAAAUUGGAAAGCAAAAAUCAGGUUUUAUUUCGGGAGCCAUAAUUUCUGGCGACAUUGGGUGGCAAAUUAAAUUUCAUGUGAGCACGAAUGCCGAACGGGUACGCUGCUUGGCAUUCUCCGGUGCCCAUAUCAAUGGCUGAGGUUGUACAUUGCCAAGUUUGUUUUUGGAGUUUUUUAGAUUUCACCCUAAGUGAUCGGGGGGGUAGAAACGGGUUUUACCGGGUUGAAGCCUAAAACACAAGCUUCUAGGUGUAUAAGUUGCUCUGCACUGCCGCGAACAAUUACGGAUCGGACACCGUAAAGAUUACUGCAGUUUGUUUGCACUUCUUAACUUCAGUUUCCUGCGUUCCUGCAAGACCAAAGGCUUCAUGUUCCUGAUACCUAUAUUGGUAUAGCUGCGUGAGCGUGGCAAUGGCCCGUUACUUUUACUAUUAUUUCCAUUUUCUCCGUGCAUGCUCAUUCAGUCUCGCAACCUUGUUUACUCAGUUCAUUCUUACAUACCACAUACUCUUUUUUAUAUACUAUCCUUUACAAAGUUUUAUUACAUUCUUAAAGCUACUUUUUGAGUCUACCACUUUUGCUUUCUUUGGUAACAAGUUUGCCCAAACCUUUGCACAGUAUUAUCUCGAACCGAACGUGAUGGAAGAAUGUUCACACACGACUCAUAAAUGUGUGAAAAAAACGAGACUAAAUCAAUGUGUUCAAGCAAUACGCAAGGUGCUAUAAUGAUACUGUAUUUAUUUUGAGUAUGGUAGUCUUUGUAUUUGUCUCCUCUGCCUCGUUCUAACCUUUCACGCUGUUCCAAACGUUAGUAAUACCGUACACAGAAGGAACCUGCAGUAGGCAAGACAUUUACAACCAACGUAAGCCUCUGUGAACCGUUAAAAAUAUUCUUCUCCGAGGUCUCUUUCGUUCGGACCUUACACUAAUGAGCUCUCUAGUCGAACAUUUUUUGUAGUUACCUUCGUGUGUUACAACCUGUAAUCUCACUGCCAAAAUAUGCUAAUCAAGCUCCGGGGCCAAUUUUUUUGUUUUUGAGCAAUUUCAAGGUAGUGCACUAAAUAUGUGCCAAUUUUUUUUCUCUCCUGCGCAGCAUGUACACAGCUUCAACUCCAAACACGAUCACGUUUGAACCUGUGGAGUCUGCUCGUCAUUGUCGGUGCUAUAAAUGUUGUGUUACGUAUUUUGCAAAGUUUGUACAAAUACAAUGGUUAAAUGUUGUAUUCUGUACAGAAAAAGGUAACCACGUGCAGUUACCUUUAAUUUUGACCACUAUGUUCUUACGCUUUCUUGUCUACACAUGGGAAACUGUUUUCAAAUGUGUCACUGCUGCUGCUGUGACAAAGUGUGUUGGCAUUAUAAAAUGUAUGACAAAUGUUAAGCUUUCAUUUUACAAAAAAACGAAAUAAACAGCCACCACCACCACCA